CGGGGACCCGCGGGCGCUGGCGCGGGCUGCGCGGACGGAAUGUUUCGUCUUCAUUCGGUUACUGCAUUAGUGGAACUGGCAGUGGCCCCUCGGUGGUACCAUGGAGUAUCACAGCCCCCCCAGAAUAGGCAGCGACUCAUGGUGGCAGCUUUCCUAGGAGCCUCUGCAAUAACUGCAAGUACUGGUCUCUUGUGGAAGAGGGCCUAUGCUGAAUCCCCAUCAUCUGUGAACAAAAAGACCGAACUUGGUGAUAAAGGAAAGAAUAAAGAUGAAGGGAAAAUCUCCACCCAGGAUAAAAAGGUCGCAGGUGAUUUUGUUGAACCUCAACCAGAAGAGAAAAAAAAGAAACGUUCUGGAUUCAGAGACAGAAAAGUGAUGGAGUAUGAGAAUAGGAUUCGAGCAUAUUCUACACCAGACAAAAUCUUUCGCUAUUUUGCCACCUUGAAAGUAAUCAGUGAACCAGGUGAAUCUGAGGUGUUCAUGACUCCAGAAGAUUUUGUGCGAUCCAUCACCCCCAAUGAAAAACAACCAGAGCACUUGGGCUUGGAUCAAUAUAUAAUAAAACGCUUUGAUGGAAAGAAAAUUGCCCAGGAACGAGAAAAAUUUGCUGAUGAAGACAGUAUAUUUUACAGCCUUGGAGAAUGUGGACUCAUAUCAUUCUCAGAUUACAUUUUCCUUACCACUGUUCUUUCUACACCACAGAGAAAUUUCGAAAUAGCUUUCAAGAUGUUUGACUUGAAUGGAGAUGGGGAAGUGGACAUGGAGGAGUUUGAACAGGUUCAGAGUAUCAUCCGUUCUCAAACCAGCAUGGGCAUGCGUCAUCGCGACCGCCCGACCACUGGGAACACCCUCAAGUCUGGCUUAUGCUCUGCUCUCAUCACCUACUUCUUUGGUGCCGACCUCAAAGGAAAGCUGACCAUCAAAAACUUCCUUGAAUUUCAGCGCAAACUUCAGCACGAUGUCCUGAAGCUAGAGUUUGAACGCCAUGACCCUGUGGAUGGGAGAAUCACAGAGAGACAAUUCGGGGGCAUGCUGCUGGCCUACAGUGGGGUGCAGUCCAAGAAACUAGUGGCCAUGCAAAAGCAACUCAAGAAACACUUCAAGGAUGGAAAGGGUCUGACAUUUCAGGAAGUGGAGAACUUCUUUACUUUCUUGAAGAAUAUUAAUGAUGUGGACACCGCAUUGAGUUUUUAUCAUAUGGCUGGAGCAUCUCUUGAUAAAGUGACUAUGCAGCAGGUGGCCCGGACUGUUGCAAAAGUGGAGCUCUCAGACCAUGUGUGCGACGUGGUAUUCGCCCUCUUCGACUGCGAUGGCAAUGGGGAGCUAAGCAAUAAGGAGUUCGUGUCCAUAAUGAAGCAGCGACUGAUGCGGGGCCUGGAAAAGCCCAAGGACAUGGGCUUCACACGCCUCAUGCAGGCCAUGUGGAAGUGCGCUCAAGAAACCGCCUGGGACUUUGCUUUGCCCAAAUAGAAAAGUCCAGUAGGGAAGGACCCAACGCUACCUCAGAGCCCAGCCAGGCCACAGUCCCAUCUGCUCUUAAGCUGGUAGCCAUGCGAGUCCUCCUGGGAAUGAGCAGCCACUGUUUUCCUUCCCGACCUGCUCGAGCUCAGCCUCGUAGCUCACUCGCGCCCCCUUCUGGGAAGCGGCCAGUUCUCCUGUCACUUUUGCGGAUUUAGUCAAAUCAUGACCUCCCCUGCUUGUCCCUCUGCUGGUGAGUUGGAAGAAACUUUCUCUGCCUCGUCAGAUAGAUGGUACUGAAGGCGCCCUGGCCCCUCUGCUGGCAGGAGGGAGGAGUGCCCUUGGCCACAGUGGUCCCGGAAAAGCGGCCAAUUCACAGCUCUCUCCCUUUUUUUGUGUUGAGGAGUCCCUCGAGCCUCUGUUGGGCCAGUGCUCAGUGAGCAGCCUCUGCUAAUGCCCUUUGCCCUGGUGUCUCUGGAGCAGGAGUUGGCCAAAAGCCUGUCAAUUCUGUCUUAAACACUUGUAAACUGUUGGCAAUAAACCCUUCCCUCUGCCUAAAAA